GGUGGUUGCUGGGCUGGAAUCUUGCAAAUGUGAUCUGCAUGCUGAAGUGGGGUAUUGUAUAUUGAAUUCUUAACUGGGCUUGUGAAUUUGGAGUGGCUAUAGAGUUUCUUCCUCUCAUAAAAAUAAAGAAAGGAGCUUUAGUGAUCAAUGGCUAGGAGUAAUGAGGUUGAUCUUACUGACUCCAAGCGGGUGGUUCCACUGAAUACCUGGAUCCUCAUCUCCAAGUUCAAGUUGUCAUACAAACUCCUUCGCCGUUCAGAUGGGACUUUUGAUCGCCACUUGGCUGAAUUCCUUGAUCACAGGGUUCCUCCCAAUGCAAACCCAGUUGAUGGAGUUUACUCUUUUGAUGUUAUUAUUGACCGGGGAAUCGGCUUGCUUAGUCGAGUCUAUCGACCAGCAGAGGAAGGAGAAGGUUUGCCAACUCUGGCUGAACUUGAAAAACCUAUCACAUCUGAUAUUGUCCCUGUCAUAAUCUUCUUCCAUGGAGGAAGCUUUGCUCAUUCCUCUGCUGAUAGUUCUAUAUAUGACACACUUUGCCGACGUCUAGUUGGUGUUUGUAAGGCGGUUGUGGUGUCUGUUAAUUACCGAUUAGCACCUGAAAACCGUUACCCUUGUGCAUAUGAGGAUGGCUGGACUGCUGUUAAGUGGGUCAGCUCAAGGAAAUGGUUGCAGAGUAAAAAAGACUCAAAAGUUCAUAUAUUUUUAUGUGGUGAUAGUUCUGGUGGUAAUAUAGUUCAUAAUGUUGCUUUAAGGGCAAUAGAAUCUGAUAUUGAAGUGUUGGGAAAUAUAUUGCUCAAUCCUUUAUUUGGUGGAGAAAAGAGAACUGAGUCAGAAGUGCGAUUAGAUGGCAAAUAUUUUGUAACCAUUCAAGACCGUGACUGGUAUUGGAGGGCAUAUCUUCCUGAAGGUGCAGACAGGGACCAUCCUGCGUGUAACCCUUUUGGUCCAAAUGGUAUAAGUCUUGAAGGAGUUAAGUUUCCUAAGAGUCUUGUCGUGGUGGCUGGUUUGGACCUUCUUCAGGACUGGCAGCUGGCCUACGCAAAUGGACUUGUGAAGGCUGGCCAAGAGGUCAAGCUGAUUUAUCUGGAACAGGCAACAAUCGGUUUCUAUUUCUUACCUAAUAAUGACCACUUCCAUGUUGUUAUGGAUGGGAUAAGCAACUUUGUGAGUUCUAAUCGUCAAAUUGUCUAAUCGAGGGGGUACUUACUGAAGAUUGGCAAUUUCUCUGGGUUCAUUUCAGAACUGAAUGGUAGCAUUGAGCACUGAAGUCUGGCAUUUCUCUAGGUACUCAUUGUUCUUUUGGGAUGGUGUGUGGUUGCUUUGUAAGAUUGUAUGAAUAUUGUAGGUACGCUUUGCAUGCAAUUCUGCUCCCACAGCUGGAAUUAGUUGGGUCUCCAGGAGUAUUCCUCCUGCAACUAUUUCUUAGGAUAUAGCCUUAUCGGCUUCAAGAUUGUUGGAACUUAAGCUUACUAGUAGUUUGACGAGUUUCCGCAGCACUGUUUGUAGCAGAUCAGCUGAUUUAGGAUUCAACUUUCCCACUUCUAGACCAGUGAAGAAGGAAACUUUAGGAAUAUGAUUGUUGCAAAACAAUUUAGGGCAGGUGCCCUAGCUGAUGCUGCGUAGUUAGCUAUACUAAUAGAGGGCAUGGAUGGGAAAACAUCCCAUAAUUGUAUAUACUUACAUGCCUUCAAGAACCAUGUGAAGGCUAUUUUUAGUAUUGUGCUGUUAUUGCAACAUUCAUAGCAUCUGUA